GGAGGAGGGAGAGGGAGGGGGAGUGCGCUAAGCUGGAUGCUUGUUCAGCCAUGUUAGUUUUCUCUGCUGUUCACGAACGAUGAGAGAGAGGAGCCAUGGCCUUGUCAUUGAGCGGAGACGAUGAGGAAUAUGAUUCAGAGUCUGAGCAGCAGCGAGCGGCCAACCGGCCGAAGCCUAAGGUGGGGACGUCGUCGUCGUCGGCCGUGAAGCUGCCGUCCAAUCGCAGCUCAUCCGGAGCGAGACGCCGGAGGACACGAUGUCGGAAGUGCGAAGCGUGCCUCCGGACCGAGUGUGGAGAGUGUCACUUCUGCAAGGACAUGAAGAAGUUCGGAGGGCCGGGGCGCAUGAAGCAGUCGUGCAUCAUGAGACAGUGCAUUGCGCCGGUUCUGCCUCACACAGCGGUGUGUGUGGUGUGCAAAGAGGCGGGGAAAGAGGACACACUGGAGGAGGAGGAGGACAAGUUCAACUUCAUGCUGAUGGAGUGCUCCAUCUGCAACGAGAUCGUCCAUCCCAACUGUCUCAAGGUGAGCGAAGCCUCAGGAGUGGUGAACGAUGAACUUCCUAACUGCUGGGAAUGUCCCAAAUGCAACCAUGCUGGGAAAAGUGGAAAAGUAUUGAAGCAAAAAAGGGGUCCGGGGUUCAAGUACGCCUCCAACCUCCCUGGCUCUCUGCUGAGGGAGCAGAAGCCUGUGAAGGAGGAGGGGGGCGACGUUUCUUCUGCAGCCAAGAGGAGGCCAGACCGAGAGGAGACGCCCAGGUACAGACCCGAGGAGUCUCUCCACCGACAGCCACCACUGCUCUCCCCCAGCAACCUGCCCCGGCCCAGGCCUGAGGACAAGCUGAGGAAGAAGAGGAAGCUGUUUGAUGACGAUGAGGAAGAGGAUCUCGGUGUGAGGAAGAAGGAAAAGUCCGAUGAUCCUUAUUUUUCCAAACUUCUACACCAAAUCAAGACCGAGGAGGACGACGAAGACACUUAUUAUGAGGAGGACGAUGAAGAAGGAAGGGGGCCUCACUUCCGGGGCCUUUUAGAGAGGAAAGGGCGUUUUGGAGACACUGAAGAAGAAGGGGAUGAAAGGGACGCCAGGAAUGCACUUUUGAAUCCCUGCAUUAAAACACCCGUUGGCGACAGCGACCAGUCCCUCUGCAGCUCUCCGCAGGCCGGCCCCAGCAGCGAGGGCGGAAGUGAGACCCAGGAAAAAGGGCCGUGUCCUAAAGCUCGCCGCAAGCGCCGAUUGCCCAACCGAGAGCUGAGCCGGGAGCUGAGCAAAGCACUGAACCAGGAAAUCCAGAAGACGGAGGACUGCCUGGCCAACGAGAACCGCCAACCUCUCAAGGUGGAGCCGGAGACGGAGAACGAGGAGCCCAAGAGGUUGUUCCGCAACGGCAGUGAACUCGGGGACCAGAGGCCCCACCUCAAGACCAAAGAGAUGAACGGGACCCCCUGGGAGCUGCGCCACUUCUACCCGAGUCAGAUCACUCCGCUGGGCUUCAACCGGAGCACCCCGACCAACCGGCCGGUACCCCCACACUCCCCACCGAAGUGUGUCCAAAUGGAGCGGCACGUCAUCCGGCCCCCUCCGAUCAGCCCGCCUCCCGACCGACUGCCUCUAAAAGACGGUAAAACACACGUGAUACAGCGCGAGGUCUGGAUGAAGAUCUUUGGCUAUCUCACGCACCAGGAGCUGUGUGUCUGCAUGAGAGUUUGCAAGACGUGGAACAGAUGGUGUUGUGAUAAGAGACUUUGGACGAAGAUUGAUCUGAACCGCUGCACCUCCAUCACUCCGCUCAUGCUCAGUGGGAUUAUCCGCCGACAGCCACUUUCUCUGGACCUCAGCUGGACCAACAUUUCCAAGAAACAAUUAAGCUGGCUCAUUAAUAGAUUGCCAGGUUUGCGAGUGUUGCGGCUAUCGGGGUGCUCUUGGGCUGCUGUGUCUGCGCUCUGCACUUCCAGCUGCCCUCUGCUGCGCACCUUGGACGUCCAGUGGGUGGAGGGCCUCAAAGACCCACAGAUGAGGGACCUGCUUUCACCCCCCACAGACAACAGACCAGGUCAGCUGGAUAACCGCUGCAAGCUGCGGAAUGUGGAGGACCUGCGGCUCGCGGGGCUCGACAUCACCGACACGUCUUUACGUCUCAUCAGUCGGCAGAUGCCCUCUCUGUCCAUGCUGGACCUGAGCUACUGCAACCACAUCAACGACCAGUCGGUCAACCUGCUGACAGCAGCAGGGACCACGACCAGAGACUCCCUCACAGAUAUCAACCUGUCAGUUUGUAACCGAGUCACAGAUCAUUCCCUAAACUUUUUCAAGCGCUGUGGAAGCAUCUGUCAGAUCGACCUUCGCUUCUGCAAGCAGGUGUCCAAGACGGCCUGCGAACGGUUCAUCGCAGAGAUGUCUGUCAGCGUACCGUUCAGACUGAAAGAGGACAAAUUGCUGCAGAAGACCAGCUAGUUCCUAACAGGACAACAAAAAUGAACGAAAGACUGUCCUUGCACUUAAUGGAACAAGUUUUUUCUUUUUAAACUGGUCCUGUGUCCCGAGUCCUCUGCAUCAAUGUCACAGUAAAGGAACUGAACUGAGAGAUGGGUUCCUGGAUGGACUUAAGGAGGUGACAAACAUUCACUGGACAGAUAAAGAGGAGACGGCAUGCAUGCAUUUGUGUUGCGAUUGUACUUUUAUAAAGACGUGCUUGUAUUUGAGUUUCGGGUUGUUUUAUUUUUAUUCUUUAAAUAUUUGAAAACGCAGCAUUUUUUUUAUACAAGUAUAAUUUCACGAGUUUCAGUGUCUCGUGAGAUGAAUAUCACGGAGAGACUGCAUGUGAACUGAAAAGUUUGCCUUUAUACAAAAGUGUCUUGUGUGCCAACAUCUGUAUUUGACAUUAAUGUAACUUCAAUAUCAGACAAAAAAUAAGCUGUACAGAUAUAAAUAUGACUAAAUUAUCAUAACUACUUCCCAAAUAUUUAGAAUGUAUUUCAAGAAUGAUUUAAAAACAAAGCUAUCAAAUUGAAUAUCCCUGUUCCACCCUCGUGUCUUCACUUACCUUAAUACUUUAAUAAAUUGUUGAGUGUUGUGUUUAACAGGCUUUUCUCUGACAUUUCAACGUUAAUUUAUUGAUUUAUUUUUACAGUCUGUAUUUAUUCCUUUUAUUAAGUAACUUCACGUGGAUCUCUCUGAGCUGGGUCAAAUAAUGCAUCGCCCAAAAGUCAGCGGCAGGAAGUCGCAGCCAUAGCAAACGUGUGACUGACGAUUCAUCUAACAGACUUAUCUAUAAUGUUCUCAACCACACACACACGCGUGGUUGCUCCAAACAGGUUUGAGAAACACUUCAUAUCGCUAAUUUGGUUUAAAUAAUGACUCCAUACAGUAGGUGUUGUGUGUAUCUUGGGGUGUGUUGUGUUGUGCUGUAACCUAUCACCUCGGGUGAAUGUGAUAAUGUUUAUAUUUGUAAAUCCAAAAACUAAGUGCUAAUAUGCAUUAAAAGAAUUUCAUUUGUACCACC